AUUGUACCAUCUAAUGACACGAGGGUGAAGGUCGGAACCAUGUAUCGCUUUGCAAGUUUGGGGAAGAUUUCCCCUUUAUUUAGGGGAUUUUCAACAAUAACAUACAAUUCCAAACAUAUAAAUCAACUAAAUCUUCAAAAUGUUAGAUGUAUGGGAGGCUUGCAGUCAGGAUGGAAGCCAGAAAGACAAGUAGCUAUUGAACAGAAAAUAACACUAGAUGAUAUACAAGUACCCGAAGGAUCUUGGCAGGAGAGCUAUCAAAAAAUAAAUUCAAAAAAUAACAUGAUGUUAAUUGCAAGUCUUGGCUUUUUUGGAGCCACAAUUUUUGCUAUGUUGAAAACUGGGGCUUUAUAUUUACAUAGAGAACCUGACAUAAAAUCCAUUGAAAUUAACGUCGAAACCGAUCCAGAAAAAAUAGAGGCAGCAGCUAAAAUAGCAGCUAUGGACUGGAGUACAGUACCAGAUAUUCCUCCACAUGUACCUUAUCUUCUUAUUGGUGCUGGAACAGCAUCUUUUGGUGCUUUUAGAGCAAUCAAGUCAUUAGAUCCUACUGCCAAGGUUUUAGUUAUUGGUGGUGAAGACAACAUUCCGUAUAUGAGACCACCUUUAUCUAAAGAACUAUGGUUCAGUGAUGAUAAAGCAGCCGUAGAAAAUUUAAAAUUUAAACAAUGGAAUGGUAAAGAAAGAAGUUUAUUUUUUGAGCCUAAUAGUUUUUAUACUGAACCAAAGAAAUUACCAUAUCAGGAAAAUGGUGGUGUUGCCGUGGUAACUGGUAAAAGAGUUGUGAAAUUAGAUGCUGUACAAAGAAAAGUUUAUUUAGAUGAUCGAACAGAAAUUACAUAUGAUAAAUGUCUGAUAGCCACAGGAGGGCGACCAAGAAGUUUACCGAUAAUAGAGAAAGCAUCGGAUGAAGUUAAGAAUAAAGUUAUUUUAUUUAGAACUAUAGAUGAUUUUAAGAGAUUAGAUAAAGCGACCCAGAAAGCUCAGUCUGUUGCUAUUAUUGGUGGAGGAUUUUUAGGUAGUGAAUUAGCUUGUGCUUUAGGUAAAAGAGCUAGUACUAACAGAAUGAAAGUAUAUCAAGUUUUCCCAGAAUCAGGUAAUAUGGGACAUGUUUUACCAGAAUACCUUUCAAACUGGACUACAAAGAAAAUUGAAUCAGAGGGUGUUGAGGUACUUACCUCAAGUAAAUUAACAUCAAUAGAAGCUAAAGGUAGAAAGAUAGUGCUAGGUUUAGAUACAGGUAAAGAGUUGAGUGUUGAUCAAGUUGUAGUAGCCGUUGGUCUGGAACCAAAUGUUGAAUUAGCUGAAACAUCUGGUCUAGAACUAGAUGAUGUACGUGGUGGAUUCCGUGUUAAUGCUGAAUUAGAAGCUAGAUCUAAUCUUUGGGUGGCGGGUGAUGCAGCAUGUUUUUAUGAUAUUAAAUUAGGCAGACGUCGUGUAGAACAUCACGAUCAUGCUGUAGUUAGUGGUAGAUUAGCAGGUGAAAAUAUGACAGGUGCAGCUAAACCAUACUGGCAUCAAUCUAUGUUCUGGUCUGAUCUGGGUCCUAAUGUAGGUUAUGAAGCUAUUGGUAUUGUAGAUUCUAGUCUACCAACUGUUGGGGUUUUUGCCAAGGCAACCCCUCAAGAUACACCAAAGGCUGUAGUAGAAGCUACAGGAGAAGGAAUACGUUCGGAAACAGAACAGGAAGCCGUUCCAUCACCACCAUCCCAGGUAACACCUUCAUCACCUAAAGAAGGUGAAGAUUAUGGUAAAGGUGUUAUUUUCUAUGUUAAGGAUAAUGUUGUUGUAGGUAUAGUUUUAUGGAAUGUUUUCAACAAAAUGCCAAUAGCUAGAAAGGUGAUAAGAGAUGGAGCUGAAAACGAAGAUUUAUAUGAAGUAGCCAAAUUGUUUAAUAUUCAUGAAUCAUCAUGAUCAUUGAAACAUUAACUAGACAUUGUUUCAUACACAAUAAUACACUCGGACUCACUACUAGAUGUAUCAGUGAAGUGCUUUUUAUCACUGAAACCUAGCAAUGAUGUUUCAGUCGAUGUCUGUGAUUCUCGUAAAAUGGCAAAAAAAUAGGAAUAAUGUGACUUGAUGAUUGGUAUUCCUUUAUUUCCCGCAUAUUUGUUUUAGGGAAUCCCGAUCAUCAAGUCGCAUUAUCUCUAUUUUUUUGAUGUCACCAUUCUCCAUUUUAGGAGAAUCACAGACACCGGUGUUUCAGUGAUAAUGAAUUAAUGACAAAAUAUCUCUCCAACUUUUCAUCAUGUGGAAAUGAUGGGCCAUAUACAUGUUUUAUACAUAAAGACAUUAAAUUAUGAUAUAGUCAGAAUGAUUUAGAGAAAUAGCACCAUGCAUUUUUUGAACCAUGGAUCUCAAUUUGAGAAGAAUAGAAUAUGUUGAUAUUGGAUUAUUUAUGUAGCUAUAAAUGUGCGAGUGAUUUCAGUUUUGUAUAUCUCAAUCCACCAGAAAAUAAAUUAUUUUUACAUAGGUA